AAACAAUGCCUCUAACCUCAGACAUCACCCUAAACGCGGGGAAAUUCGACCCCGCAGCUGCCUCUGAACAAUCGAAACGUCUCAACGACCGCUUGAUCGAGUUUAUUGAGAAGGGUCCAAAAUGGUACGAGGUGGGAGCUGCAAAGUAUCGAGAAAUGCGAUUGAAGGGCGAGACAGCAUUCCCUGCCCCGAAAGUCCUACCCGAUGCGAUUGAUAUCAAGAUCCGAAGUCGCGAUGCUGGGAGAGGUAUCCCUUGCCGAUUGAUGUAUCCGAAGGCGAGAACGACGGCAGAGGAGAGGAAGAAGUGCCUGGGAGUCAUUAUCCACUUCCAUGGUGGUGGCUGGGUUAUUGGAGAUGAGAAGUCCCAGGAUCCUCUUUUAUCCUUUUACGCCGACAUGGCGGAUGCCGCUGUUAUUUCAGUGGGAUAUCGCCUUGCGCCUGAGGAUCCAUUCCCGCGAGGACCGGAGGACUGCUAUGAUGCCGCCGAAUACCUAUUCAAAACUUCGGAGGCUGAGUUUGGAGGACCAGUGAGAUUCAUCGGCGGAGAGUCUGCCGGUGCCCACCUAUCCGUGGUGACAGCAUACCACCUUCUCACCACCCAUCCGACGUUCAAUCUCUCCGGCCUCCUCCUCCACUUCGGCUGCUACGACCUUUGCAAUGGGUUCCCUUCAAGCAUAAAUUUCAGUCGGCCCCUCAUCCUCAAUAGAGAGAUGAUCAGCCAUUUUGUGAACGCCUUCGUGCCAAACAUGACGCCCGAGCAGAAGAUACAUCCUUCCGUCUCUCCCUAUUAUGAAAAUCUCGAAAAGUACCGAGGCAGACUUCCCCCUGCGUUGUUCACCUGCGGUACUGAGGAUCCGUUGCUCGAUGACUCGGUCGUGAUGGCCACGAAAUGGUUGAUGGCCGGUGGUUACGCCAUCCUGAAGAUCUAUCCGGGAGCCCCUCACGGGUUCACUGGGUUCCCGGACAUGCUUGACGAGGCGGGCCAGGCCCUGGAUGAUACUAAGACCUUUAUUCAGGAACAGUUGGAAAAACCUUGAUUUGAAUCAGAGACUGACUGAGUCUGGCAGACAAUAUUCUGCCCAUCAUAUCAUGAUGAAAUCGAUCCUGAUGCUGCC